CUUGUAAGAGUGUCUCACAUAUGCAAACGGAGACUCUCAACGGCCGCAAAACUCUACAUCCAUGAGCCGCCAAUUCCUCGCGCUGCUCGCAAUCAGAAUCAGUAUUUUGUGAGACUCUGACUUCGAAGCAACAACCAGCGAAGAGAUCCUACACCCGCUCGAUCAUCAGGGCCAGACAUAUCCAUCAGUUUUCAACUCAACCCUCCCAGCAGGGAGUGUGCUUCUGAAGAUCACCAUCGAACAGUUCAAGUGCUCUCUCUCUUUCUCGAGAAAUCAGUGUUAGUCCUCACGCAAGAUCACUCAAAGAAGUCCAGAGAAAACUGCUAAUUCCCAUCACCUACAAGAUCAUCAGCUAAACCACGAGAAAAAAAGAACGACCAUGGCAGUGAGCAUACGAUGGAGUGUGGCGGGUGUUGUAUGUCUUUUGGCCAUUCUUCAGCCACUUUUUGCACAAUACGAUGACUUUCCCGGACCCUACUGUGCAGAUUCCAGAUACGGAGGAUGCUGCAACAAUCGUGAGGACACAUGCUCCGUCCCAAUUUCCACAACCCUCUGCUAUUGUGACGAAUUCUGUAAUCGAACGACAAAUAGCGACUGCUGCCCAGACUACCAAAGAGUUUGUUUGGGUAUUGCACCAGAACCAGUUCUUAGGUGUCACCACAAGGGCACCUACUUCACCCAGUUUGACCCGCCCGUUAAAGAUAACUGCAACCUAUGCCGAUGCCAACCAGACGGACAAGUGCUCUGCGAUCGAGAGACUUGCCUGGUUGACGAAGAUCUCCUGCACAACAUCAACAGUGCUUCAAGAACACUAGGCUGGCGUGCAAGCAACUAUACUGAAUUCUGGGGGCGCAAGUACUCAGACGGCCUAGAUCUUCGUUUGGGAACUUUCGAACCGACCUAUCCUGUUAAAGCCAUGACACGCUUAACCAGUCGCCGUAGUGAACAUCCACGAUCUUUUGACUCUCGCGAUCAAUGGCCAGGUUUCGUGUCACGCGUCGUCGAUCAGGGUUGGUGUGGUUCAUCUUGGGCCGUUUCGACAACGUCAGUUGCAUCAGAUCGCUUUGCAAUCCUAUCAAAGGGUCGUGAAGUAGUUCAAUUGGCACCCCAGCACUUGCUUUCUUGCGUACGAAAGCAACGUGGUUGCAAUGGAGGACACCUCGAUGUAGCAUGGAACUACUUGAGAAGGGCUGGAGUUGCCGAUGAAGAGUGUUACCCCUAUGAAGCUUCACGCAAUAAGUGUAGAGUUCACCGUGGAGCAAAUCUUCUAACUCUAGGAUGUCAUUUACCAACCAAAGUUCCCCGAGAGCAUUUCUAUCAAAUGGGUCCUGCAUACUCACUCAACAAUGAGACAGACAUUAUGGGCGAAAUACAUCGUUCUGGACCUGUUCAAGCCACUAUGAGGGUCUACAGAGAUUUCUUCAGUUACUCUGGCGGAAUCUACAAACACUCGCAAUCUGACUCCGAACCAAGUGGUUUUCACUCUGUUAGGAUCGUUGGAUGGGGAGAAGAGCAGGAAGGUUAUUCAGUAACGAAAUACUGGAUCGCUGCCAAUUCUUGGGGUACUUGGUGGGGUGAAAAUGGUUACUUCCGCAUUCUGCGUGGCACCAAUGAAUGCGAAAUCGAAAACUACGUUCUAGCCUCAUGGGCAGAUGUGUUCAUAAAGGCAAAGGUCUCCUCUCAGGGCCAGAGCUUUGCUAGACGUCGCUACCGACGCCGCAACUAAAAGUGUUCUCUCAUCAUCGAAGCCAAUCUCCAGCGAAUUAGGAUUGGGUCAAAAUUCUCUGCUUCACAGCACCGAAAUUAAAAUUUCAUUUUGUCACGCGCAAUCAUGCAAACUGAGCGAAUUUAAUCAUAUUGUAUAAUGUAUUAAUUUUUCUCCAGAUCAUUGAGAAAUGUUAGAGAGCAAAAAGAAAUCUUCAUUUUCACUAUAAGAUUUUUAUUUAUACGUAGAGCGAAACGUUCAAUAUACAUAUAAAUAUAUAUAUUUUUUAAAUUAGGAUUUUGCGUCCUAUUCGCUUACGUAUGCAUCUGUGUUAUUUAUAGAUUUUUUUGUGUAAUUUAAAAUCAAGGAGGAGCAAAAUCUUAUGUACCAUAUUUUUGUAAUUUUUAUUAUAAAGUCAAUGUCAAUAUUAGUUGAAACGUUUGAUUUCCACAAGUCUAACAUAAGGAAUACAAAAUAUACAAAUAGUAGAAGCAAAAAAACAUUAAAAUCGUGUUUGAAUAACAAAGUAUUCUUUAAACAAGUAUAUGUUAGAUGUAAUUUUCAUUAAGCUGACUUAUUUUUGGAUAUUUUUAUUAUUGAAUUGAAAUCUGAUGGUUCAACUGAUUUUAGAACAUUGCCAUAAAAGUGUAUUAUAACACUCACGUCUUUAGAUUCUUAAUAAAUCUUGUUCUUUUGAA